CCUCAGGGGUCAGGGUGUUUAACGCUGCAGAGGAGAUUGAGUUGGUGGAGAGGUCAUGCUGGUUCACUCAUGCUGGUGCUGUUGUAGCAUCAAAGACAACUGCUAGGCAGGAGAAGUGGAUAAAACCAGCGAAUAAAUGUGCUCAUUACACCUUUACACACCACACUCUGCUUUAGCUCUGCCAACAUUAUAAGGUUAAUGUCAGCAGGGGACAUUUAGCUACUACUUAAAAUAAUGUCAAAGCCCACUGUUCUUUCAAAGGUUGCUUUUUUGAAGCGUAAGGGUCAAUGACAAGUAAGGAAGUCUCAGAUGAUGAAAGGGAGAAAUCUUUUAAAAAUAAAUGAAACGGCCAAAUUCAUAUUUAUACGUUUCCAGACUAUUAUUGCCCCAUUCAGUUUUGUAAAAUAUAAAAUUAAGAAUUUCUAAAAAUUAAUGUAUCAUACAAGCAUGGCGUAUGUUUAGUGAUUGUUGAACACGAAUGCAUGAAAUCAAGGUGAACAUUUUCAUUAUGCAAAUAUGCAGGUUAUAAAGCUUUUUCGGUUUCUUCUCAUCAUGUAAGCACAUGUUAUCACUUUGAGAAAACCAAUCAAUUAAAAAAAAAAAAAAAAAACAGAAUUUAAAAUAAAAAAGAUUAUUGUACUAUAUACCAAAAAUAGUGCUGAAAAUAAUGCUGUAUAAACCAUUUAUGUUAAAUAUGGUCUGAAAUAUCGUUUGGAAGGAGGUUUGGAAAUUUGAGUCUGAAAAAGUGUGGAAUUGUACUGUAAUAAUAAUAAGAAGAACAACAACAAUACUGUAAUGUGCUCAACAUUUUUCAAUAAGUUGCUUCCUGAGAUGACUAUUUUUUAUUUGAUGGUGCAAUGUGAUUCUCUUUGUUUAGCCAUGGCCACUGAUGCCGUACAAUCAGAAGAGAGCUCUGUCUCUAAGAAUAAAAAGAACAUCAAGAUAUGGUUUAGCCCAAAAAGUCGCAAAAUACGCUGCUGUAUCGAGAAACCCGCUGGAUCAAGCAAAUCAAAUGGAGCACAGGGAAAGGAAGCCACUUCGUCCAAACCAAAGGACCUGUCUGUCUUCAACUUUACCUCUUCCUCCCAGGAAUCUGGCUCAUCCAGCCCUCCAUUGGGGAAGGCAAAUAAGAAAACAAAGAAAAAAAGGAGUAGCCAAGUCUACAGACAUGCCAGCGGUGGUCAAAGCCCCACAACACGGACUCGAACCAUGCAGGAAUGUAAGAGGCUGAAGCUAGAGGCUAUCAAUCAGCAGUGGGCCUUAGGAAAACAAGCUGCUAUAGACAAGAAGGAUGAAGAACAUGAGAAAAUGAGCUCUGGAGAUGACGACAGGAGGUCCAGAAAGAGAGUUUCUUUCCUUUUCCCUCGCAGCCAGCCAGAGGAGACUCAUAAGGCUCCUCACCAAGGAGAGAAUCAAAUUCCCAGUCCCAAAAAAAGCAUCCUAAGCAAUAUGGAAAUUGAAGACAGCGAAAAGCAAAGCUGUGCAACUUUGAGUUCAUCGUAUCAUGAUCAACAGAUUGAGCCUGUCACUGAUAUCCCACCAGAAUCAAAUGAAAAUGCUCCAGGGCCUUCUCAGCCUUCCCUUUCCAGAGUUGGUAAGAGAACAAGAGAGAAUCAUGGUCCGCAGAGUACGCCGAAACAACCCAGAAAUUCAGGACGGAGGAAUAGGUUAUCUAGAGAAGGAACUUCUCCAACUGAAGACCACUCUCAGAGGACAUCCAGACAGUCCAAUGAGAAGCAGAAUAUGAAGCCAAUCACACCAGCUACCCCUGACCUUAGGAGGAAGUCUUCCAGUGUGAGACACAAUCAGACAAGUCCCUCUUUCAUGAAGAGGAACCACAAUGGAGAAACACCACUGCACUUAGCUUCCACAAAGGGUGAUGUGGAGGAGGUCCGUAAGCUCCUUGCUCAGGGAGCCGACCCCAACCUGAAGGACAAUGCAGGCUGGACACCACUGCAUGAGGCUUGUAAUCUUGGUCAUCUGGGAGUGGUGGAGGAACUGCUUCAGCAGGGGGCGCUGUUGAACACACCAGGCUAUCAGAAUGACUCUCCACUGCAUGAUGCCGUGAGGAACGGCCAUAUAGCGGUGGUCAAGCUCUUGGUUGAACGAGGCGCGUCCCAAAGUGUUCUGAAUAUGCUUGGCCUGCGGCCGGUGGAUUAUGCACUGACUCCAGAAAUGCAAGAGGUCCUAAGAAUGGCCCCAGAGGCACCGCAUCCUUUAACAACCACCCUGAGGCCCCCCGCCAGCCUCAGUAAGGCUGUAGGCUGCGUGCGGGAGACGAGUCCAGUGGUUUUGAUUGGCAGUCAGCUGACGCAGACUCAGCAGAAGCAGCUCGUCAAAGCAGCUCAACUCUUUGGAGGAAAAGAAGUGAAGUCCUUUUCAAGUGCAGUCACACAUGUGGUUGUACCAGAUGUUCCCAUCAUGCCCCCUACCCUGACCACACUGCAGGGCAUCCUCAACUGCUGCUGGAUGCUCCGUUUCAGCUUCUUUCUUCCAGGGGUGAGUUGUAGCCUUCAGGCAGGCAGCUGGGUCGGGGAGAGCGAGUACGAGGCAGGUGACGGCCCCCUGCGUGCCCGUGCGAACAGAGGCAGCCUGCUGCCUCCACUCUUUGAUGGCUGCUUCUUCUACAUGCUGGGCUCCUUCCUCAAGCCGCCUAAACAUGAGCUCCUUCAGUUAGUAAAAGCAGGAGGAGGUCAGCUUCUGAAUCGCCAGCCCAAGCCCGACAGUGACGUGACACAAACCCUGAGCGGAGCGGCCUACCACGCCCAGCCUGGUUCAGACCAGAUUCUCUGCACCCAGUACAUCUUAUAUGAUCCUCAGAGCUCCUACAAACCCCAGAGGAUCCGGUUAGGUAAGGUGUGGUCGGCUCCAUCCACGUGGCUUCUGGACUGCAUAGCUGCCUUUCAGCUCCUGCCUGUGCCGGAGCCCUAGACCUUGCUGUACUAUUGUGUUUCAACUUCAUGACAUCAAAUAAAACCUUUUUCUGCAUAAAAGAAAUUAGUUUUUUUAAUCCGUAUCUGAAGAUAGAGACAUCAUAAUUGCUGUUUUCAUCAAGCUUUUUUGUAUGUGAGGCAAAAUAAAGGACCUGACUAUCCCCUGAACACUCAUCACAUGGCAAGUCUUAGGAGAAAGUAUUUGCAUGCUUUUUAGAGUCUAUUGUGCUUGUUCUUUUUUGUUCUAGGCCAAAUUAUGCCAUCUGAAAGCUAGAAAAUUAUAAAAACGUUUGCCAUUGUUAGGAUACAUGACCUAUUUUGAGCAGACUCGCAACUUGUGUGCCAACCAUUCAGAUCUCGUGGGAUUUUGUUUUAUAUUCCUCCAGACAAAACUUACAUCUUCAUCAGACUUUAAAAUUCAGUGCUAAUUGCUUAGAUAGCUUUUGUUUAAAAAAACAAAUGGUAUUCAUAUAGACCAGGACAGGAUAAUGGGAUCCUGGCUUUCUUUGCCUCCACAGAUGAUGAGGUGGCAUUUAGAUUAGAUGGAAAAAGAUACCCAAAGAGAAAAAGAGCAAUUAAUUCUCAAACAUUGGUGCUUUCAAACAUGCAAGUUUUUGUUUUCUUUGCUCGUUGUUUCUGCAAGGGUUAAAAAAUGAAAGAUUUCUGGUCCUCUUUGGCCAUCUCCCAAGACACGGCUUUCAAUGGGAUUAGUCAGGGAUGCUCCUAAUUGCUAUUGAUUGCUGUGAGCCGCAUUAAAUUGCUUCGCCCUCGUCCUGCAGGGACGUGGAGGGAGGCAAUUAGUGGUGUGGACAGGGUUUUGUGGGGUGAUUAAUUGGAGGGUAUUGAGGGUCCUGUGGGUAGAGGGAAACAUGCACCCUUAACUCUUAACACCUGACUUUGCAAACUUUAUCAUCUCGCUACUAAGAGUUAAGAGCUUUCAAAUGCACUUUUACAGAGCAACGUGUGCAGACAGAUACAAUCCUGAGGGCAAAGUUACUCAUUAUGCAUUGUUUUUCACAAUGCUGGAUCUUUUGGCUGUUUCUUUUGGUUUACAGUAUAUCUGAAGAUGUCUUUAAUAUGAAUGCUGGCUUUUCUAUUCAUCCAAGAUCAUCUUUUUAGCCGGAAUUUAUAUUAAAGGGAAAGACUGGAGAUCUAACUUUAUAAUUAUUGCCUAGACUCAUAGUACCAAACAGAGGCUGAUGAUAAAAUGAUGUUAUAAAUCUCAGAACUACUGAAGAAUGAUCUUCUUUGUAUGUUUAGAAAGUUCUGCUGCCAAACAAGCUUUCUUCACUACAUUUAUUGAAUGAUGCUAAACUGGAUUUCAGUUAGAGAGUGCAAUGUCUCACGUCUAGUCUAGUACAAGCCUAUAUUUUCUUCUGGAGGUUAGUUCCCAUCUGAUUCAAAUGUUUAUCUUGCACAUCCUUUAUAGUAUUGGAGUAAAAAAAAAACUGUUUUUGACUAGUUUAGGCAUCAUCUGACCAGGGUUAUUAUACAAAUAAAACUAAAACCACCAUAAAAAAAAUUGUCAUUACUUGAAAUAAAAUAAACAUUAACUUCUUAACUAACUUGAUG